AUGUUUCGAAGUCACCUAAACGAGCGCGGUAUUCAAGGCUUUGUUCCAUUUACCACUCUCAACACCCAGUGGGUUUGGAUGAAGAAACAACGUGAUCCAGUUUAUGUGAAUAUCAGCACCGUAUUUGAAGCCGAUGGCGAAUGGAAGGAGAUUAUUACAAAGAUUAAAUCUGCAGCCAAAACUUUGCGGUUCGAGCUCAGUGAGAAGAUGGAGGAUGACGCCAACACUUCGUGCCAGAGCUCUUUAGGGCCCGAUAACGAGCGGAAUACUACAUCCAAUGGACCCGCCCCGCCAAUACUUCCCCACUCGUUGUCUACUCCAGAAACCGACCCGAUAGUAUUGAUAUGCCCGACCCGGGAUCAUGUUUUCAAUGGAAGAUCUAGAGACAACCAAAGCGCCGACCAAGCCAUUGACCUCUGCAUCGACCAGAACAUUGGUCAGCAGAACGACAUACACAAUGACACUCCUACUGGACUCCAUGGGUCCACCAUGCCAGUCGUCACUACCCAUGGCAAGCUCUGCCUCUGGUGUGGACAUGAAGGAACCACCUACGAGACCGAGGAUAUCCAGGAACUGCAAAGCGAAGACUACAACCACGAGAGUGGAUAUGAGGAUCAGAGCCAUGGCAACCAGCAUAAUGACCGACAAGACGAUCCUAUUAUGAGAGAGUAUACCCAGGGAUUCAAGCAGUCUAUGAGGGAGCUAGACGGUGAAGUGCCCUAUUCGGGUGAAGAAUUGUUUGAUUCAGAGAGCGAGCAUCUGAUAACACGCCAAGAAAGCCCCUCAAAAGUGCGCCCAUUUUUCGACCCACGCUUAUCUUUGCCUUCAGACUUGGAACAAGGGCUCCUAGAUUUUGAGGAUAAUCCAAACUGGUGCGCUGAUAGACGAAGCCCAGCUGAUUUGGCUGAUUUCGGGACCCCUUCGAUCUCAAUGGAAGACCGGAGCGGUGCCCUUGACGAUGAUCGAAUUUCCACACAAAAUUCUCUUUCCAACUUCCGUUUCCCCCAUAAUCGCCCGGCUCAUGAUGACGGCUUCGGUGGUCAGAGGGUGUUGCAGUAUGAGUGGUCCUCAAAUGAUGAAAUGAGGGUGGAAACCCUACGUCAAAUGUCCGUGGAAGCUCUUCGCCAGGUUGAAAACCAGUCAACCACUCACUUUGCUCAUCAGGAGGAGAUGGAUGUAUUGAUGUAUGACGGCAAUACCUGGAACCAGGUGUAG